AUGGACAACGCCUAUGCUCUCCCCAUCGACGCGGUCCUCGCCAACUUCAAAGUCGAGGAGCACAACGGCUUGACUGAUAAUCAAGUCACGGAGCUUCGAAACAAGCACGGCCGCAAUGCGAUUCCCGAAGAGCCUCCUACUCCCCUCUGGGAGCUGAUUCUCGAACAAUUUAAAGAUCAACUAGUCAUCAUCCUCCUUGGUUCCGCCGCUGUCUCCUUCGUCCUCGCUCUGUUUGAAGAUGAGGGCGGCUGGAGUGCAUUCGUCGAUCCCGCUGUCAUUCUCACAAUCCUCAUCCUCAACGCCGUCGUCGGUGUAUCCCAAGAAAGCAGUGCCGAGAAGGCCAUCGCCGCUCUGCAAGAAUACUCCGCCAACGAAGCCAACGUCGUCCGCAACGGUGGUCACGUAUCCCGAGUCAAGGCCGACGACCUUGUUCCUGGCGACAUUGUUUCCGUUUCUGUUGGAGAUCGAAUUCCCGCCGACUGCCGUAUUGUUUCCAUCGAGAGCAACAGCUUUUCGGUUGAUCAGGCUAUCUUGACCGGAGAGAGCGAGAGCGUUGGAAAAGACUCCACCGCGGUCGUCAACGAUGAUAAGGCUGUCAAGCAGGAUCAGGUUAACAUGCUCUUCUCGGGAACCACUGUUGUUACUGGACGUGCAAAGGCCAUUGUCGUCCUGACUGGCUCCAACACCGCUAUUGGAGAUAUCCACGAGAGCAUCACCGCUCAAAUCUCUGAGCCUACCCCCUUGAAGCAGAAACUCAACGACUUUGGUGACAACCUGGCCAAGGUCAUUACCGUUAUCUGCAUCCUCGUCUGGCUGAUCAACAUUCCCAACUUCAACGACCCCAGUCAUGGCAGCUGGACCAAGGGUGCUAUCUACUACCUCAAGAUUGCCGUCUCCCUGGGUGUGGCUGCCAUUCCCGAGGGUCUUGCGGUUGUCAUCACCACUUGUCUUGCUCUGGGUACCCGUAAGAUGGCGGCUAAGAAUGCUGUUGUGCGUAGCUUGCCGUCUGUCGAAACCCUGGGAAGCUGCAGCGUCAUCUGCUCCGAUAAGACUGGUACGCUCACCACCAACCAGAUGAGCGUCAACAAGGUCGUCUAUCUCAACGAAGCCGGAACCGACUUGACCGAACUUACCGUUGAGGGCACAACAUACGCCCCCAAGGGUAACAUCACCCUCAACGGCCAGAUUGUCGAGAACCUUACUGCCUCUUCUACAAUCCUCCAGAUGGCCGAGGUUGCCGCUCUCUGUAACGACGCUCACUUGGCCUAUGAUUCACGUACUGCUGCCUUUUCCAGUGUUGGCGAGUCGACUGAAGGUGCCCUCCGUGUUCUUGUUGAGAAAAUCGGCCCUUGCGCCCCUACCGGAACUGCUCUUGAAGACUGUGGACACUUUGCUAGCGCUGCUCACGAGAAGAGACUUCCCCGGCUCGCCACUUAUGAGUUCUCCCGUGACAGGAAGAGCAUGUCAGUCGCUGUUCAGAAUGGUUCCGCCAAGAAGCUGCUUAUCAAGGGAGCUCCCGAAUCUGUCAUUGAGCGCUGCACAAGCACCAUCAUUGGUGCCAACGGUAACCGAGUCCCCUUGAACGAAAAGCUCCGUAGCCUUCUGCUCAAGGAAGUUGUCGAAUAUGGUAACCGAGGUCUUCGCGUCAUUGCCCUGGCUAGCAUCGAUGAUGUUUCCCAGAACCCGUUGUUUGGCCACGCCAAGUCUACCGAACAGUAUGCCCAAUUGGAACAGAACAUGACCUUCCUUGGAUUGACUGCCAUGUUGGACCCUCCUCGCCCCGAAGUCCCGGCCUCUAUCAAGAAGUGCAAGGAUGCUGGUAUCCGUAUCAUUGUCAUCACUGGCGACAACCGCAACACCGCUGAGAGCAUCUGCAGACAGAUUGGCGUCUUUGGCCAGCAUGAAGAUCUCCAAGGAAAGAGCUACACCGGACGUGAAUUCGACAACCUCAGCCCCAGCGAGCAACUGGAGGCGGCUAAGAAGGCCUCGCUGUUCUCUCGUGUUGAGCCCGGCCACAAGUCCAAGCUGGUUGACCUCCUCCAGUCUCUCGGUGAGGUUGUUGCCAUGACCGGUGACGGUGUCAACGAUGCCCCCGCUCUGAAGAAGGCUGAUAUCGGUGUGGCCAUGGGUUCUGGAACGGAUGUCUCCAAGUUGGCUGCCGACAUGGUUCUGGCUGACAGCAACUUUGCGACCAUUGAGGUGGCCAUCGAAGAGGGCCGCUCCAUCUACAGCAACACCCAACAGUUUAUCCGCUACUUGAUCUCCUCCAACAUUGGCGAGGUUGUUUCCAUCUUCUUGACUGCCGCCCUGGGCAUGCCCGAGGCACUGAUCCCCGUUCAGCUGCUCUGGGUCAACCUCGUCACCGACGGUCUCCCCGCCACGGCUCUGUCCUUUAACCCGCCCGACCACGGCAUCAUGAAGCGCCACCCUCGUAGGAGAGACGAGCCCCUCAUUGGCGGAUGGCUGUUCCUGCGUUACUUGAUCAUUGGCACCUACGUCGGUCUUGCAACCGUUGCCGGUUAUGCCUGGUGGUUCAUGUACAACCCCGAGGGCCCCCAGAUCACCUUCCGACAGCUCUCCAGCUUCCACCGCUGCUCGGCCGAGUUCCCCGAGAUUGGAUGCGAAAUGUUCAGCAAUGAAAUGUCCAAGUCUGCUUCGACCGUGUCUCUGUCGAUCCUGGUCGUGAUUGAGAUGUUCAACGCCAUGAAUGCCCUGUCAUCCAGCGAGUCGCUCCUCACCCUGCCGCUGUGGAACAACAUGAUGCUUGUGUACGCCAUCGCCUUAUCCAUGGCUCUGCACUUUGCACUCCUUUACACCCCUGUUCUGCAGAACCUGUUUGCCAUCCUGCCGCUGAAUGCGCUGGAAUGGCAGGCGGUCACAAUUAUCAGCGCGCCUGUAAUUCUUCUUGACGAGAUUCUCAAGAUUGUUGAGAGACAGUUCUUCAUGCAGCAGAAGCCAGCUGACAAGGCUAUCAAGGCGAAGAAGGAGGAAUAG